ACUAAAUAUGUGUCAUUGUUUAUACUGUGUGUGUGUAACAUUAUUAGCUAAACACCUGAUUGAGUAAUUCAAUUACAUCGUAUUUUUGUUUUGUUCCUAGGUGUCUUCGAACAUUGUGUCCAGAGAGAGCUUCAUCUUCCAUGUUGAGGUGAAGCUGUCACUCACACAGGAAGUAGAAGAGCAGAUGCGACACCUGCUGCUGGCGCCUUACAGCCACGGCGACGUCGCCAUAGCGACCCAAGACAUACAAAUAAGCCGCAUCUUGGUUGUGAGCUGUCAAUCAGAGACCCAGCAGACGAGAAACGGUCUCUUUGAGUGGCCUGAAACCACGGGUGGGAAAAAUGCUUCUCAGCCUUGUCCAAAAAACACUCAACGCCACGCUACCAGACACUGUAAACUGAGCCUCAGCACCCGGUGGAUGGCCCCAGACCUGCAAGAGUGCCCCUUAGUGGUGGAAAGCAUCUGUGAUCUUGAUGACGUGGAAGUCACUCCAGGGAAUGCCCUGGACGUGGUGGAGAUGAUGCAAAGUUUACUGAGCAACCGCUCCAAGCUCAGCUACCAGGAGCUGAAGGUGGUGCUCAGCAAGCUGAAGGAGGUAGUGGUUGUCUGCGUGGUGACCUCAAUCCUGGGCGAGGCGGUCAUCAACACCAUCUCGUACAUCCUGGAGACUCGCAGCUUCCUCUCACCCUUCACUAACACGAUUCUGAACAUCACAGAGGCUGUAGGAGACCACAUGGUGGGACAGGAGGACAUAUCCAGUCUGGUCGCUCCAGCCGUGGUGGUCUCAAUGGUGGACGUGAUUCCGGCAGAGUUUGCUGGAUUGACUUUUGGAGUGUCUUCUGACGGGCCAGGCUCUGAGCCUGAGGUUUUCCUUAACAGGCUCCCUCUGAAAGACACAGUGGCUUUCAUCUCCCUGCCCUCCAUCUUGCAACACAGCUUCCCAUCCAACCAGAGCUCACCGAGGGUCCAGUUUCAGUUCUACGGCGUUCCGCAACUCUUCCGGGACAACCACAUGAAGCAGAUCCUCAACAGCUUUGUGGUGUCAGCCAGUGUGAGCAACACCAGCUGUCAAAUAAAAGACCUCCAAGACAACAUCACAGUCCUGCUGCAACACCUCCAACCCAGUUAUCCACACAUGGACACAACGUGUGUGUAUUGGAACUUCAAUAAAAACAAUGGACAAGGAGGCUGGGACCCUCAUGGUUGCAAAAAACACAACAGCAGCCGUGACUUCACAACAUGCCUGUGUGAUCAUCUCACACACUUUGGAAUUCUUCUGGAUGUCUCCAGGGCUCCAGUGGACCAGGCUAAUGAGCAUGUGUUGACGAUCAUCACCUACGUCGGCUGCGGAGUUUCAACACUCUUUUUAGGAAUCACGGUCCUCACGUACACAGCUUUUGCGAAGCUCCGUCGAGACUACCCUUCCAAGAUCCUCAUCAACCUCUCGCUGGCGCUGCUGGGUCUGAACCUGGCGUUCCUGCUCAACUCCUGGCUCUCCACCUGGGGUGUGGAAGGCCUCUGCGUGGCCGCCGCAGCAGCGCUCCACUACUUCCUGCUGGCGUCCUUCACCUGGAUGGGACUGGAGGGCGUCAACAUGUACUUCGCCCUCGUUAAGGUCUUCAACGCCUACGUGCCUGCCUACAUACUCAAGUUCUGUGCUCUGGGAUGGGGCCUCCCCUUGGUCAUUUGUGUGCUGGUGUUCGUUGUCAACAGAGAAGCAUAUGGCAGCCAACUCUACCCGGAUGCUCCUACCAGCGUGGAGCCACUUGGCAACUUCUGUUGGCUUCAGGAUGACAUCACUUUCUACGUGUCUGUGGUCGCCUACGCCUUGCUGGUGUUCCUCUUUAAUAUUGCUGUUUUUGUGGUGGUCCUGAUCCAGAUCCGGCACAUGCAGGCCAACAGUCCAGCUGGAACCCGUGGAGGACUGAUGCACAACCUAAAGGGUGUUGCUACUCUGACUUUGUUACUAGGACUCACGUGGACUGUGGGUUUUUUUACUUUUGGGCCAGCACGAUUGGUUCUUCUGUACAUGUUCUCCGUGCUUAACAGCCUGCAAGGAAUUUUCAUCUUCCUCUUCCACUGUCUGAUGAAGGAAACUGUCAGAAAACAGUGGAGGAUCCAUCUGUGCUUAGGGAAAUUUCGACUUGAGGAACACUCUGAGUUGAGCCACUCUGCAUCCGUUGCUAAACCCAGACAAAGGGUUCCGUCGGUCCACUCAGUCAAAUCCAGCGCCACUGACAGCACCUCGGCGUCCUAUGAGUCCAGCCAGAGGGGCUGGUCCUGCAAGAGACUUGACCUGGGUCUUUUUAUGAAUCCCUUGACUUUCCCACGUGCCCAGAUGAGCUAUCCAGGUGUGGGCGCCCUGCCUAACCCCACCACCAGGGCUAUGGAACCCCCCCACCCAGCUGUAGAACCCAGUCGACACUGAAAAGCAUAAAUAAUUCUCCCUAAUUGUAUCAUGCAGUGCUCUUGUUCAUUGUUUCGGCUAAAUGCCACAUUAUGAAAACAUUGCAUCAGGACUGAGGAGGAGCCUGUUGCCAAGCAACUGGUGAAAAGACAUUGUGACCAUGAAGCACAUAAAAACGCAUGUGACAUGAUACAAGUCUGAUUCGUGUUGCUUUUUCUAAACUUUAGGGGGAAAACGUUAUUUCUUAAACACUUACUGCAUUUAUAUCUGCAUCUUUGAUAUGUGUCUAUGGUGUGGCCUAGUUACUAACUUUUCUAUACAGAUUAAAAUUAAUAUUUAACAGCUCACCAAUAUGUGUAAUAAAGUGAA